AUGAAUUUCAUAACCAAACAAGUUGAAAAGAAAUUGGGUAUGGAUUUGAAUGGAGAUGGCAUGAUCGGUUCUGGGCGUGGUCAUGGAGCUUAUGGUGGUUAUCGACCACAUGGUAGUGGAGGUGGAGGGGGCUUGAUUAAUCAAAUCGAAAAAGUUGCACAUAUGGACCUGAAUGGCGAUGGACGUAUCGGCGGUGGCUCUCCUUAUUCUUCAAAUUACAAUCAGUAUGGCGCACCUAAUUAUCAGCAACCGAACUAUAAUCAGUACGGUGGUGGCCCAUCUUAUCCUCCAAACUAUAAUCAGUACGGUGGCCCACCUUGUCCUCCAAACUAUAAUCAGUAUGGCGGCCAAUCUUAUCCUCCAAACUACAACCAGUAUGGUGGACCUGGAUACGCUCCAAAUUAUCAUCAGUCUAGCGGUGGGGGCUUGAUUAAUCAACUCGAGAAAGUUACACAUAUGGAUCUCAACGGUGAUGGCCGUAUCGGCGGUAAUCCUCCUUAUGCCUCAAAUUACAACCAGUAUGGUCACAGGCCUUAUUAA